UCACUAUGCCCGCCUGGUCCCUCCUCGUCCUCUCCGCCCUCCCAGUGGUGGGUAUGUUCGCCGGUCAAACGACCUUCUUCUCCUCACCAUGGGAGACCCUUUUUGGCACCGCCGCUGAGCAGCAUGAAGCAGCAAUGGACGGCCGCAUCCAAGGCCGUGGCCUCCUCAGCUCUCACUUUGGCUGGUACGGGUGGCCGGGCCAAACCUUCGACUAUGUGAUUGUUGGCGGCGGCACAGCCGGCCUAGCAAUGGCCCAUCGGCUGUCAGAGGACGGUAGCAACUCUGUUGCGGUUAUUGAGGCCGGAGGAUUCUACGAAAUUGAGGCAGGGAAUGCCACUGAAGUGCCAAUGUUCCUGUUCAACUACUUUUUUGACAACGGCCAUGUCAAGAACCCGCUGUUUGACUGGUACCAAUAUACCGAAGCCCAGCCAGGGCUGGCCGGUCGAAAAAUGUUCUACAUGCAAGGCAAAACCCUUGGUGGCUCGACUGCACGUGGAGCCAUGUUAUAUCAUCGGGGCUCAAAAGGCGCAUAUCAACUCUGGGCUGACCGAGUAGGCGACGACAGCUACACUUGGGACAAUUGGCUGCCUUUCUUCAAGAAAAGCGUGCAGUUCUCAGGCCCACUGACGAACCCUCGCCCCGCCAACGCAACGGCCUCGAAUGACGUCUCAGCAUUUGCAGCAACUGCAGAAGAAGAGGGGCCCGUCCAGGUUGCGUAUCCGUACCUUACGAACGCCAUUUCGUCGUGGGUAGACAAGGCCCUCGAAAAGAUGGGGUUUCCUGAAGCCCAGGGAUUCUCCAACGGCCAGCUGCUGGGCCGCUCAUACAUCACGCAUACUAUUCAUCCUAAGACUCGUCGACGGGAUACUGCGUCUACCUCGUACUUGCAGACGGCCCUUCGGACGAGUAAUAGUCUGAAUGUGAUUACACAUACUCUGGUGAAGAAGAUCGACUUUGACGAGGAGAAGCGAGCGACAGGCGUCGUUGUCAAUACCGGCGGGUUCGAGUGGCAGAUUGGCGCAAAGAAGGAAGUCAUCCUGUCGGCAGGAGUAAUGAGAUCUCCUCAGCUGCUGAUGGUCUCUGGGCUUGGCCCUAGAGAGACACUCGAGAAGCUGGACAUUCCCGUCCUGUCUGAUCUCCCUGGCGUCGGGCAGAACAUGCAGGACACCAUCAUCCUGGGCCCCACGAACCCUGUGAAAGUCGAGAGCCACAGCCAGUUGAUGGGCAGCAAGGAGACUCUUCCUCGCUCGAUCUACGAAUACAACAACUUCCGCACAGGCUUGCUCACCAACCCGGGGCAAGACUACUUUGCCUUCGAAAAGCACCAGCCAGGAAACCUUAGCGAGGCGACUGCUGCCGAUAUCGACAAGGCCUUUCCGGCUGAUUGGCCGACCUUCUCAUAUAUUGCGCUGGAUGACACAUUUGUGCCUCAGUAUGACGGCAAGAACUACUUCAGUAUGUCGGCUGCGCUGCUGGCCACGUUUAGCCGGGGCACCGUCACCAUCAACACCACCAACACGGCCGACAACCCCGUCGUGGACCCGCGGUGGCUGGACGACCCGCGCGACAAGGAGAUGGCUGUGGCAGCGUUUCGCCGAUGCCGCGAGAUUGUCGCCUCAGAGACGAUGCAGCAAGUCAUUGACGGACCCGAGCUGCUGCCGGGGUUCGAGUAUCAGACCGACGAGGAGAUCCUAAACUACAUCGCCGAGACUUCGGACGCGUACUAUGCGGGAGUCGGCACAUGUGCCAUGGGAAAACCGGAUGAUCCGCUUGCGGUGCUCGACUCAAAGGCAAGGGUUAGGGGCGUUAAAGGACUCAGAGUUGUCGACGCGUCUGCAUUUCCGUUUGCAAUUGACGGCCAGCCCAUGGCGACUGUCUAUGCAUUAGCAGAGAAGGUUGCCGCUGAUAUUAUUGCUGGAAAUUGA